GCAAUCAGGAACACUAUCAAUGGCGUUAAAGGCGGCCGUGGAGCUCAACAUCUUCGACAUUAUGGCGAAAGCAGGCCCUGAUCGCCUGCUUUCGCCUAAGGAGAUUGUUGCUGAGCUCCCGGCCUCACAAAACCCCGACGCAGCGUCAAUGCUGGACCGGGUGCUGCGCCUGUUGGCUUGUCAUUCCGUCGUCAGCUGCUCUUUCGAGAACACCGCCGCUGUUGGCGGCGGUGUCGAAAGGCGGUAUGGGUUGAGUCCUACUUCCUCCAUGAAACUGACUGAAUGCAGGAGUAAGUUCAACGAAGUAAUAUUAGAAGGAGGGAUCUCCUUCAACAAGGUCUAUGGAGUACAUGCAUUUGAUUACCCUCGAUCAGAUCCAAGAUUCAAUGAAGUUUUCAACUCAGCAAUGUUUAAUCACACAACUAUUAUCAUCAAAAAAAUCCUACAAAAAUACAAAGGUUUUGGGGAUAUCAAGCAACUUGUUGAUGUAGGUGGUGGUCUUGGACAUAGUCUCCAUGCUAUUACUUCAAUGUAUCCUUUCAUUAAAGGCAUCAAUUUUGACUUGCCUCAUGUCAUUUGCAAUGCUAAGUCUUACCCUGGCAUAGAACAUAUUGGUGGAGACAUGUUUCGAAGCGUUCCUCAAGGCGAUGCCAUAUUCAUGAGGUGGAUUCUUCAUGAUUGGAGCGAUGAUCAUUGUUUAAGUGUAUUGAAGAAUUGCCAUAAAGCAAUACCUGAGAAUGGGAAGGUGAUUGUUGUGGAUUACAUUGUCACAGAACAGCAUGAGACUACAGCUAUUGCAAAAACAAUUAGCCUAAUGGAUGUGUGUAUGAUGAAUUAUCCGGGAGGGAAGGAAAGAACUCAAAAGGAGUUCAUAGCUUUGGCAAAUGCAGCUGGUUUUACUGAGAUUAAAUUUGUUUGUCGAGUUUGUCAACUUUGGAUUAUGGAAUUUCACAAGUAAUUAUUGUUCUAAUUAUUAAUGGCUUUAAUUAUAUAAAGAAUAAAGAUAUGUCUCUUUAUACGUACUUGACCCCAUCCUCAUGUGAGCUGUGAGAGGGUGAUGUUCUGAGUCCUUUUAUAUACAACUAUUACAUUAAAGUUGUACUUAAAUAAAUGAAAAUUAAA